AUGUUCCUCACGCCGGUCUGGGGCAUGGCCGCGACGCGCGCCGCGUUUGCGCAGCCGAUGCGACUUGCAGUCGUGGGGUCGGGACCGAGUGGUUUCUAUACCGCGUCGCGUGUCCUGCAGUCCUUUGAUGUGGCGCACGGCACGGGUCAGGACGGCGUCGAAGUGCACAUGUUCGAGCGGCUCCCGACGCCGUUUGGGCUCGUGCGCUACGGUGUUGCGCCGGACCAUCCCGAGGUCAAGAAUGUCGAGAACAAGUUUGCUGAAGUCGCAAGCGACGCGCGCUUCCGCUUCUUUGGAAACGUAUGCGUCACCGCCAGCAAUGACACGCCGCCGCCGCCUUCGUCGCUGGCGGUGAACGUGCCGAUUACGGAACUUGCGCCGUACUAUACGCACGUCCUCUUUGCAUACGGUGCAAACGAGGCGCGGCCCCUCGGUGUGCCCGGAAGUGGCCGCAGGGAGCUGCGGAAUGUCUACCCCGCGCUCGAUUUCGUCGAGUGGUACAAUGGCCACCCUGAUGCGCACGAUCCCGCGAUGGAGGACGCAUACAGCCUGAACCGUGUCGACGGCAGCAAGAUCCACCGCGCGGCGAUCGUCGGCGCCGGCAAUGUCGCGCUGGACGUUGCGCGCGUGCUGCUGCGCCAAUGCCCGUCUGUGCCCGCCGGCGAAUCACUCGCCAAGACGGACGUGCCGCAGCCGGUGCUCGAUCAUCUCGCGUCGUGGCAGAUUGAAGAGGUGAAUCUGUACGUGCGCCGCGGCGCGCCGCACUUGGCCUUUACCAACAAGGAGCUACGGGAGAUGCUGGGGCUGCCGCACGUCGCCUUCCGUCCGCUUCCCGCUGAUCUGUUGGAUACCGGCCUGGAGCAGGUGAACAAGCUCGCCGAGGCCGGCCAGAAGCGCGCCAUGACGCGCCUCCUCGGCCAGCUCAAAAAAGGCAGCAAGCUGGCCUAUAACGAGUCGCAGUACCCCCGCUGGGGCCUGCACCUCUUGCGCUCGCCUGCGGCGCUGCACGGCGACGGGGCGACCCCUCCGGCGCUCGCGUCGGUGGAUUGGAACGUGACACAAAUCAGCGAGCACGGCCGCGCAGUCACCCAAGGCGAGACGGUACGCAGCGACGAGGACCUACUCAUCUCCUCGGUCGGCUACCGCUCCGAGCCUCUGCGUGGCGAGACCGACUCGGCGAUGCAGGUGCCGUUCGACGAGACGCGGUGUGUCAUUCCCAAUAUCCGGAACCGCGUCGUGGACGAAGAAGGGCAGCCGAUUCCCGGCAUGUUUGUCUCGGGAUGGCUCGCCACCGGCCCCGUCGGUGUGAUUGUCUCUACGAUGUUCGACGCGUUUGGAGUCGCGGACGAGAUGGUGAAAGAGUGGCGUGCGUCGUCCAUCCCUACGCUCUGUGGCGCUGCCGGCCACGCCGAGGCGCUGCGCGACACGCCCGAGGCGUUGCAAGGCCAGCGCACCGUCUCCUUCGACCAAUGGCGUGUGAUCGAUGAGGCGGAGCGGCAGCGUGGCGAGGCGCUGGGCAAGACGCGCGAAAAGUUUUUGACCGUCGCCGACAUGCUCAAGGUAGUGGAGUAG